GCCGUCGUGCGUCGGAACGUCGCAACUUAUCCCAACUCGAUGAUUUUUUGGCGCGAAAGUGCAACUUUUUAGUGCAACAAUGUUGUUCAUACUUUUCACUUUUUUCACAUUCGCAAAUGGCGUCUAUUUCAGCAUGAGCGAUAUCAACAUCACCAUCCCCAUCGACAAGGGCAAAUUCCCCCUCAACAAGCAACCCUUGGCGAGCUUCCUCGCCCACGGCGAUCCUCCCCUCAACUUCUCCAUCAACAAUAACCUCCUCAAAAUCACACAAACCGGCGAUGUCUUCUUCAGCCCCAAUUUCCCCAAUUUCACAAAAGUUGACUCGAUUUCGGCCCAAAUCUCAGUCCGAGAUAACUCCAAUAAGGAAGCUACAACGCACUUAAACUUGGAUUUUGUUCUAUUAGACAGUCUCGAUUGCGAUUUGAUCGUCGAGGAGUUGUGCUUUUGGAAGACAGUUCGAUAUAAUUUCAGCGAAAACGCAAAACCGGGCCGAGUUGGGUCACUAGCGUCGCCGUUUCUGGUAGAAAUGUGUGCAAGUUGCGAAAUUAACUACAACCUACUCAGCAAGAACAAGGAGUUUAGGGUGGGGUCAUCGGGGGCUUUACACUCGAUUGAGUCGACGGAAGCUCUCGAUAGGGAAACACAAUCGUUGCACUUAUUGGAAGUCUCGUGUAGUGUUGAAAAUUCCAAACACACACUUAGGAGUAUCAACCAGACUCUGGUGGUGGCUGUGGGAGACGUCGAUGAUAAUCCGCCGAAAGCUCAAGAGAGGAGCAUUAAAAUCAACAUGUCAUCGAAGCAUGUCCAUAAGGAUCAAGUGGUUGCACACAAAGAUUUAAUUUUCAGCGAUAGGGAUUCGUCCGCUGUUAAUAAAUAUAAGCCGGUGAUUUUGAACGAUACGCUGAAAAUCCUGAAAGCUCAAUGCAACAAGUUUUCGGAUGAUCAUUUGAAGCAGGAAGUUCAAACUGCUGUCCAUUGUAAACUGAAAUUCACGAAAACAGUUCCGGUGAAAAAAUCAACUUAUUCAGUCGUGUUGCAAUUAAACGACACCUCCCUUGUUAAUGGAAAUGGAGCAGUUAAUGUCCCAAUUGAUUUGCAAUUUCUGGAUGAUUCCGGGCAUCAUCCCGGAUUGUAUAAAAGACAGCUGAAACCGACUACUCUUUAUCCCAGCAACAAAAUUCAAAUUUUCAGGACCGCAGCCCCCCUAGCCCGCCUAACCCAACCCCGCCACCUCCACAACUCCACAAACUUCACCCUCACCCCCCUGCUCCCCAAACACCACGCCAUAUUCAACGUGACCUACAUCGAAGGAAUAAUUUUCGUCCACGAUUCGGAAAAUCUUCGGAACGCAACCGAAUUCGUGAGAGUGAACAUUUCCUGGAUGCAAAACGAUUCCCUGAAAUCCGAUGAAAUCCAGAUCCAGAUCGUCGACGAGCCCACAAAGACCUGCAACGACGUGAGAAAAUUCAACGAUUGGGAGCACUGCGCCCAAUACACCACCCCCGAGGAGUGUCUCAGCCCCAGAGCGUGUGCCCUCGCCACGGGAGGCUCCUCCAGUGUGGAAAAACGGAAGCGGCCCCAACGGUGCAUGUGGCGGGGGGAGAAAACCCCCUCGAACGAGCCGACGACGCUUUACGCGACCUGCACCCCCGAUGUGGAGACAUGCCCCGACGAGAAGUGCGACGAAUUGGAGCAGUUGGAGAGCACAGUGUGCCCCCAGGAUUGCGCCGAGGAGGUGUUAUUCCCCGCGGAGAGGAAUAAAAUGACCGGGAGGGGGAUUUUCAGAGGGAGUGGGGUUUGUUUCUGUAGUACCCUUCAGUGCCAUUGCAACCCUUUGGAGUACGUGAAGGUUCCAAAAAGGCGAAAGCCCACCAAACCCCCCGAAACUACCCCUUUUUUGGCCAAUUCCAGUCGCCAUACCAGCAACGUGACCAAAAUCAUGGGGAUUGAGCUCGCCAAGUGUGGUACCACCUGCAUUUUUGGGGUUAUUGGAGGAGUGCUCUUCCUGGGGGCUGCUGUGGCCCUUUUUGUCAUCUGCUGGAAACUGGAUAGUGUGCACAAGGCUGUUCGGGAUAAGUUCGGGGAGGAGAAUCAGGAUCUGGCAGCCCCCUUGUCGGACUACAUCGACCGGUCUAUGCCCGAACCACCCCUCAAUUUCGAAAUGACUACUUCUCUUGCAGAUACGGCCAUUUUAGGCAUCAUCAACAAGUAUGCGCCCGACCCCAAGUGGGAAUUCCCGAGGAAUCAACUCAUUAUUGAGCAAACGCUCGGCGAAGGGGAGUUUGGGAAGGUUCUUCGAGCCAAGGCGCUGAAUAUCGCUGGAACCCCAGGUGAAACAACCGUUGCAGUCAAGACCCUCAAAGACGACGCGCGUGAACCCGAACUCAACGACCUCCUCUCCGAAUACCAGCUCCUCAAAGAGGUCUCCCACCCUAAUGUAAUCCGCCUUCUGGGGGUUUGCACCGCUCCAGGUGGUCCAAUUUAUCUAAUUAUCGAGUUUGCUGAACACGGAUCGUUACGGAAUUAUUUGAGGAGGAGUAGACACCUCAAAUCGGAGUGUGGCCGGCUUCCGAGCUCGACGGUGGAUGACAGUGAGGUUCAUUACGACGAACCGAAUAUUUCUAAAGUGACACCGAAGGAAAUUCUAUCUUUUGCUUGGCAGAUUUGCAAGGGGAUGGCGUAUUUGAGCGAGAUUAAGUUGGUUCAUCGGGAUUUGGCGGCGAGGAAUGUGCUGUUGGCGGCUGAUAGGAUUUGUAAAAUUUCCGAUUUUGGAUUGACGAGGGAUAUUUAUGAGGAUGAUGCGUAUUUUAAGAGAAGCAAAGGGAGAGUCCCCGUAAAGUGGAUGGCCCCGGAGUCCCUCUCCGACCACAUCUACACCAAUAAAUCCGACGUGUGGAGUUUCGGCAUCCUCGUGUGGGAGUUAGUCACAUUGGGCGCAACUCCCUAUCCCGGAAUCGCCGUCCAGAACCUCUUCCACCUCCUCCGGCAGGGCUACCGCAUGGAGCGCCCCGACAACUGUUCCCCAACCCUCUACAACAUCAUGCGAAGUUGCUGGCACAUCGAUCCCGAACAAAGACCCACUUUCCAGGAGUUGGCGACUCUCUGGGAGAAAAUGCUAAGCGACGAAGUGCAGUAUCUGGAUUUGGCCAACAACGCCAUCCACAACCGGAGUUAUUUCUGCUCGCCGUUUGAGGAAAAACCGGAAACGGAUCCGGUUAACUACUUAUCCAAGUCGCAGUCGUAUAUCAAGUGCGGAUCGGCGGAUAAGUUUCAGGAAAGUGCGGGUUUUCUCGCCGAACCGGAUGAUAAUCAGAAUGAUAUCAAUGCGAGGGGGUAUGAGACUCCGGUGAAGGUGCCCAAGAAGGUGGUGCACACCCCCACGAAUGACUGUCCGCAAUAUUACACAGAUAUGGCGUCGGGGAAAAGCACCUGAAAUUGAUUUUUCAGCGAUUUUCUGAUGAAAUUAUCAAAAUUUGUAUCGUUGUAGGUAGGGGAGUUACUAAGGAAUAAUAAAGCGACUAUUUUUAUGUACUUAAUUAAGUAUUAAUUAAAGGCAUUAUUACGACUGCUUGAUAUUAAGUGAAUGUACUAUUGUAGCGAAAUAUAAAUAAU